CUUCCUGGUCAACAGCUUCCUGGUCAACAGCUUCCUGGUCAACAGCUUCCUGGUCAACAGCGUCCUGAUCAACGACCACCAUUGGGCUCCGACCAAGCACAAAAGCAACUUCCCGGCCAGCAGCAGCCGCAAUUUCCUGGCCAGCAGCAGCCCUCCACUACGGGUGCAGGACAACAGCAACAGCUAUCCACCGCUGUUCCGCAAUCCGAAGGCAAGCCCACCACGACCGACAGCUCGGCCAAGCCUGUACGCUCCUUGAACCCCAAGAGCCUCCCUUUCAGCCCACGCAAGCCUCGUGGAAUGCCUGUCAACGAUCCUGAAACACCUAUCAAGCCGCCGGUAUUCAAGCAAGGUGAAAAUAACCUCGCGUCCGGCGCUCAAGAUGUCGAAUCCCAAGACUGGCCAUCGCAGUUGCGGUCAAGAGACCCGUCUUCUUCGGCAUCCGCUAGAGACCAGUUCUACGAUGCCGCGGAGGGUUCUUCAAAAUCUUCUUCAGAAUCUUCUUCAGAAGAUCUAUCAGACGAUGGCUCCGUCUUUAUGCUACCCAGUCAGGCCGAACACGACUCGGACGAGUCUGAUGGUCUGUCUAGUGAUGAUGAGUCUGAUGAUGAGUCUGAUGAUGAGUCUGAUGAUGACCUGUCUAGCAAGGAUGACAACAGCCAAGUCGUUGUUGGUGACGGUGAGCCUGGUGUUGGUGCCAAUGGCCAGCAAAUCGAGUACAUCGACCUUGAUGAUUAUGUACCGAGCGGGCAAGCACUAGCACGCAAGAAGGCUCGAGCUGACAAGUUUGAGAUUCGUCUCCAGGCUAUUCGCAAGGAUGCCACAACAACAAACACGGCCCGAGCGACUUUCGCUCCUGUGUUGCUUGACUCCGUGAGUUCGUUCACAGCGGCCGCAGUGAACAACAAUCAAGAACACCCUGAUGUACUCAACACUCCAUUACUCACCGAGUACUAUCCUCCAGGAGUCUACGUCCAUGAGUUACUGAGUACGCGGCCCGGUGAUGGAGUCAAUUCUUGGGCGACAGAUGGUCUCAUCGAUGCUUCCGUGACUGUUGAGAACAUGUUUUACCAGGACGAUCUUGCAAACAACGAUCGAACCAUUCCUGGUGGCUUUUACAUCCCGAUAACCACAUUGCAACGAUACAUACCGCCUUUCCAUGCGACAAACGAACCAACCUGGGACAUGUAUGUCAACCGAGUCACCACAGACUUGGUUGUUCACAACUCUAGACUGAUGCAAGAUGAGUCAUCGACGGCUUUUCCCUUGUUAGACGUUCCAGCGGGAACCACCAGAGUUGUGUCCGUCUUGCAUUUUCCAGACCACUGGACUACCUUCUCGAUUGAUCUGCAAGCUGGACGAGUGACGUUCAUAGACUCAUUGCCGAAUGCUGCCCGCAGAGCAUUUGCAAGCUCUGUUCUCCUGCAACUGGCUCAGCUCUUGGAGAUCACCUUGGGCUUUUCCGUCGAUGAGUGGACUUUUGAGUGCCUCGCCCCGUCCCUUCAGUACAAUGGCGAAGACUGCGGGUUUUUUUCAAUCGCGAACGCGAUUAACCUGUUGCGAGGCCAGGCUCCAGACCCAGUCCGGUUCAAUCGAGCAAGCUCGGAGCGUUACGCUACCCGGUGGAGAUGGACGAUACUUAGGAGAUUCCACACGCUCCUUGGCUAUACACCUCCUGUCGAGGAACCUCCCAUGCCAUUGCCCAGAGAUGAUGUGGUUGACGACCCAGUGCCCAGUCUUGAGGUGCCUUCAACAGUUCCAUUGCUCGUCAAGACCGAGCGAUAUUACCAGAGCUCGCGCAGGGUCGAUCAACGCAGCAGUCGUAUCAAGCGUCGAGCAGGGAUCAAGACUCUCGACCUCUCUGGCGAGGUCUCUCCGGGCUCGAUCUAUCCGCACCUUGUUGCAGGCUUCCGUGAGAUCAUCUGGAACAUCCUGUCAUCUGACAGAUACGCGGAUGGGUUGACCAUUCAAGAGUUGACCUCCGCUGUCGAGGUCUCUAUGAGCACCGCGAAUCGUGACGUUCCGGAAGACUUGAUCGAUCUCCUCAACGGCAUGCUACUCAACUCUUUCCAUCAUUUCACGCAUUCAGGAAAGACUCUGAGGUGGUCACUUUCACGGCUGCCAGGCAGAACUCUCAACACCACCUUCUACAACCUUUUACGUUCUUCAGAAUCAACCGCCCCGCUCCAUAAAAGCACCGACCCGAUCACUACUCGGCCGAUGUUGACAAUCAUCGCCAUCAGAUACAGCGGUAAACUCAAGAAACAUCAAGAAAUCCAACUCCCCACGAGAUUCAAGCGUGCCAUGGACGCGGUAGACGCGUGCUUCAACCCAUCGCCGUCGUACUCGACUCGAAAGUAUGAUCCGGAGCAUCCGCGUUUCCCAAGCUAUGUAGAGCUUCUCUUACCUAACGUGAGGGGCACUGAGACCCUCCUCUCAAUGUUCCAAUCGGACCCUAAAGUCACCGACGCAUUGCAACAAUUGACGAUGCAAGCAGCCUCUCAACGAAGCAAACCAAUCUACCGAGUCGUCCAGUUCGGCCUACCUGGAAGCACAGUGAAUAAUGACAGUUGGGAAGAGUUGGUCAAUUACUAUGAGCAACUUGAUGGUGAGCUGCUUGUUGGUCUUGGACCCAGCAUCAGUACCAAGGCUGGUCUCGGUGGAUUCAUAGAGGAAUCACUUCAGACUUCAAACUUGCUAGACUGGUUCCAGCCUUUCUGCCUCUUGCCCGAAGACACAUUGCCUGUCAAUCACAGACAUGUGUUAUGGGGUCUUUACAAGAUCCCCGUUCUUGCAAGCCGUUUUCCUCUUUGGUCUGGCAGCGUGCAACCUCCUGUGGUCACGAAUGACCCACGUCAAAGAAUGCGAGUGCAUCUUGAGAAUCUGGCUUGCGACAAGCUUAUCUUUCUCAACUCCUUGAUGUACUACUCGAGGAUAGACUCUCGACUAUCUGGUAAUUUUGAGCAUCAUCAACCGCUGAUCGCAAGCCAACUGUUUGUCGGCGCUGCUCUAGGAUCUGGAGCCGGCGGCCGUAACGAUAUGGAUCUUGGUGCCUGUGUGCCUAACAAUGAAGACAUCAUUCGCUUCUGUCGAUGGUGCCGUGACGACAUCACAGGCCAUGUGUGGGGUCGUAGUCUUAAGGAAGCUGAGGACGAAGAUGAAUCCUUGACCGGCUUCCUCUGUGACAAACAGGAAUGUCAGUUCAAGGAGCUGGAGCUCAUUCGCCAACUUGAGGCUCAAGCUUCCACCAACUCAGACUCCGAUGGGCACUCGCCGAAGAACAAGAAGUCGAGAAAGUCUCGAGAUGACAGUCCAGAUGACAGUUCAGAUGACUCAAGCGACAACGACUCUGAUGGUGAUCAAGACAACUCCUACAAGUGCAAGGUCGGAUACCCCAUCAAGAGGUAUAAGGACGAGGUCAUCCAGCGAAGACGCCUGUUCGAUGAAUGGAUGCACGAUGACGAAGGCGACUUUAAGAUUCUUCAUCCCUCAGACUUGACAGUCGCACAGUGGGAAAUGCUGGCGAAGACGUUCUCAUCUAACACGAGACGGAAAGCCAUCAACAAGAACAUGGCCGCCUGGUCCCUCCGACACAGGAAGUUGGCACACCCAGAGCACCAAACCGGCCCUACCAUCGUGAGAUGUCGUCUAACCAAUCCGUACAGGCAGGCAGAGGAGACUACACGCGGCGGGGCUUCGACCUUCGUAACCACUCAAUUGAUUGACGAGAUUAUGCAUGACGAGCAAGGUGAAUUCCGUGACCCUCGACCAUUGUCAAAGGACGAUCUUGCCAGAAUUCAGAAGUCCUACGAUCCACUGUCAACCAAAAAGGACGGCAAGCCCAAGUAUUACGAUGUGGGUCAGGUCAAAGCAAUGGUCAAUCGACGUAUCGAGACACAUAAGGCCAGGCAUGAUGAAGAGAAAGCGGAUACCACAACCAAGCAGAACACAUCGACCACGAAGGCUCCCUCUAAGGCCAAAACCGGUUUCCACGCUUCUGCUUCCAAGAAAACUUCUUCUUCUGCGGCAAAGAAGUCUUCCACAGCUAAGACAUCUGCUUCCAACAAAGCUUCUUCUUCUGCGGCAAAGAAGACCUCUUCGGCCAAGACCUCUGCUUCCACCAGAGACACUUCGACUACAAAGAAGACCUCUUCGGCCAAGACCUCUUCAACCCACAAGUCGGCGAAAAACGCGACCACGACCACGACGAGGCCCCAAUCUGCUGGUCCUCCUCGUCCUCAAUCCACUGCUCCUCUUCCGCCUCAGCCCGUUGCUCCUACCCAGCCCGGAAAACCUCUCACCGCAGCUCAGCAUAGAGCAACUCUGGAGUUAAAUCAAGCAAUCGCUGCGGGACGUCCAGCCAGAUUGAAUGCAGCCAGAAACAAAGUCGUCUAUUACCUGUGCGAAUACACACCCCUGCAUCCACGUUCCAUUAACGGGGAGAAGGUCUUGGACGCGACUGAGAGACACAUUCAUGACGAUAGAGGUGACUUCUUGUCCCGCCAGUACACCAAUUCCGAGCUCAUCGGCCUUGCCCGAAACAACAACGGCAGCACUUCGGAAUAUGCUAUCAGACAAAUUCGUAACUGGAUCGAGACACACAGGGGCUUCCAUGAACGUGCGAACCAAGGAGCCGGGCAAUCAAGCGUGGCGCCUCAGCAAGCCGCAACUACAGUAGAGCACGACGGUGGUGAUUCAAUGGACGUUGAUGAAGGUGAAAAUGGCGAGGACACUGAAAAGAUGAAGGAGGAAUGA